AGUAGUGUACGACGACCCUUUGACCGUUUGCAAAACAACAACGCUUGUCCAAUAAUCGUUUCUAUUGUAAAAUAACCGUAACUUUGCACUUUGCACUCGCUGUUUACAUUAUUUUGCUAAUUAUAUACAAAUUGAACCCAGUAUUACCGCAAUUACACAGCCUAACUUAUUAUAAUGAAUAAUCUAUGAAUAGAUUGUUACUCUUAUCUAACUAACGGAUUGGUGCUCAGUUCAGUGCUCUUGGGUCUACUGAGAGCUACGGUUCGCAAAAAUGAUUACGUUUGGGGUGUACAACCAUGUGUUCAAAAUUGCACUUUCGUAUAUUAAACACUUUUUUCUUAACCUAAUAAUUCGCUGUUGGCCGGGUAUAGAACGGCCGAUCGUUGAAUUGCGACAGGGCAAAGUACAAGGUGUGACGGAUAAACUCCCAAACGGAAGAAAAUAUCACUUUUUCAAAGGUAUCCCUUACGCAAAGCCACCCAUUGGAGAACUACGCUUCCGAUCACCGGAGCCAUUGAAACGCUUCAAUAAACCAGUACUCAACUGUAGCUCAGAUAAGGGUUUCAUUAAACAAAGUUUGGCCAUUUUUGAUUGGCCUGUAAUCGGCACAGAAGAUGGACUGUAUCUAAAUGUUUACACACCGUCUCUGCCAGUAGCUGGACCCAGAAAGUUUCCGGUUAUGGUUUACAUUCAUGGUGGAGGAUUCCGAUACGGUACGGCCAGUGCUGCGAUCUACGAUCCAAAGUACCUUAUCCAGCAGGACGUUGUUGUAGUGUUGAUGUUUUAUCGCUUGGGACCACUCGGAUUUCUAUGUCUGCCAGAUGCCGGGAUCAGUGGUAACGCUGGACUGAAAGAUCAACGCCUAGCUCUGAAAUGGGUUCAUGAAAACAUAUAUUUGUUCGGUGGAGAUGCCGAAAAUGUAACAUUGUUUGGGCAAAGCGCUGGCAGUUGGUCAACUUACCUGCAUUACUUAUCGCCAAAUUCAAGGAAAUACUUUCACCGAGUAAUUUGUCAAAGUGGGGACUCGUGCACUGACUACGCGUUUCAAGUCGAUCCCGAAGAAAAAGCUAGAGCUCUUGCCCGCAUGCUGGGAUACACCGGUAACUCAGAUCAAGAAGUGCUAGCAACUUUGAUGAAAGCUUCAUCGACAACAUUGUUGAAUCUUCAAUACGACGUCCUUAGUCCCCAGGAACAGUCCUGUCCUCAUCGAUUUCUUUUCAGGCCAGUGAUUGAACGGGAGUGUUCCGAAGAUAGCAUAAUUACACAAACUCCGGAAGAAAUUUUGAAACGCUUUGACACGAUUCGUAUGCCUAUUAUAUCAGGUUAUACCUCCGCAGAAGGAGCGCUCUCUCUAUUUUUGAGCAAAAAUCGGAUUAACGAGUACAAUCAACAUCCAGAAUGGCUUGUACCACGAUUUUUAAAUUCUCUGCAAGAUGAUGAUCGAAGGAUUCUUGGAAAUCAAGUGAAACAAUUUUAUAUCGGAAACAAAGAACUAGGCUGGAAUACACUUGACGAAACAUGUGACCUGAUGGCGGAUCUUACCUUUGUCACCAGUAACACCUUGAGUGCUGAAUGGAUAGCUAAGUAUCAACCUAAUGUUCAUCAUUAUCACUACUUGUUUGAUUACAGUGGUAGAUGUAACAUCAUGAAAAUGAUGAUAUCCGAUUCAAUCAUUGGUGCAGCCCACGGAGAUGAUAUUUUUUAUAUGUUCAGUCCAUCAUUGUUGCCAGAUCUGCCCGAUGACAGUGAAGAAUGCGCAGUACGAAAUAUUUACGUUCGUCUCUUCACAAAUUUUGCCAAAUAUGGUAAUCCCACACCAGAUGAAAGCAUUCUAGGAUUCAAGUGGACAGCAGUAACACCUUUGAACAGAGACUCAUUUUCGUUUGAUUUGGACAGCUUACGAAUAAAUCAAUCUCCAGAAAUGGUUAGAAAUGUAUGUCAUAAAAGAAAAGAAUUUUGGAGAAAACUGAUUAAAAGACACUCGAACAUGUUGUGAUUUUCGAAAAGUACAAAGAAAUCAUA